AUGGGUGAGCUGACUGGGUUUGAGGAUCCUGAAGCAGGAGCUUGUCCUGCUCAAGUGGUCAAACCAACUUGCUUGGACUUCGAAAAGGCCGACGAGAAGAGUCCAAUCUCUUCCCCAGAGCGGGAUCAAUCCCCUUCGGGCAAGGAAGUGGGAACAAGAAGCAUUACUGGAUUCAAAGCGAGUACCGCGCCUCUCUACCUGUGGAUCUUGGUGGUGACUGCGAUUCUCUCAAGCCAUAUGCUAUUCGCUCUUGACAACACUAUCGUUGCAAAUAUCCAACCGGCUAUUGUCGAUCAAUUCCUGGAGACUCAAAAGAUUUCAUGGCUAUCCGUUGCGUUUCCUCUUUGUUCCUCUGCACUGGUGUUACCUUGGUCCAAGGCCUACGCUACCUAUAACGCCAAGUGGCUCUACAUCGGGUGUGUGAUCCUGUUUAUGGCUGGGUCGGCCCUAUGUGGCGCUGCCCCGAGCAUGAAUGCGAUGAUCGUAGGUCGGGCAAUAGCCGGAGCUGGGGGAAGUGGAAUGUACUUUGGUGUCUUGACACUUCUGUCAGUCAACACCACUGUGAAUGAACGCCCGUUUUACAUCGGAUUGACUGCUGUUUCCUGGGGCAUUGGAACUGUCACAGGCCCUGCAAUUGGUGGAGCAUUUGCUGAGAGUGCUGCUACAUGGCGUUGGGCAUUCUACAUCAACCUUGUUAUAGGGGGUGUCUUUGCCCCCGUUUAUCUUCUGCUGCUCCCUUCAUUUGAGCCUCUACCCAACUCCACACAUAAGGAAAAGGCACAGAACAUUGAUUGGGUUGGAGCCUUGCUCUGUAUUGGUGCGUUGGCUACGAUAGUUAUGGCUAUCGACUUUGGUGGGUCUGAAUGGUCGUGGAACAGUGGCCCAUCAAUUGCUCUGUUCGUGGUGGCUGGCGUCCUAUUCAUUGUGUUUGGAGUUCAGCAGACUUUUUACAUUCUCUGCACGGAAACGAAUCGACUUUUCCCGGUUCAUUUCUUGAAGAACCGCUCAUUAUUUCUCCUUUUCAUUCUCAAUACCUGCGCGAGCAGUGGACUUUUUAUCUCGGUUUAUUAUAUACCCCUUUACUUUCAGUUUACCCAAGGUGAUACGGCUAUUAAGGCUUCUAUACGCCUUUUACCCUUUGUGCUGAUCCUUAUUUUCACAAUCAUAUUUAAUGGCCACAUGAUGUCCAGGUUUGGUUACUAUUUUCCAUGGUACCUGCUGGGCUCCGCGUUCGAACUGAUCGCUGCUACCCUCAUGUAUCUUGUCAAACCCGAUACAUCCGCCGGCGCUAUCUAUGGAUACACUGCUCUUAUGGCGCUGGGCGUUGGCGCCUUUAACCAGGCGGGGUAUAGCGUUGUGCAGGCCAAGGUUCAACCAAACGAGAUUCCCUGGGCCCUUGGAUAUAUGAUGGUUUCUCAACUCGGAGGCAUUGUUUUGGCCCUUGGCAUAGCCGGUGCGAUUUUUGUCAAUAAAGCAACCACCGGCCUUCUCUCGCUACUCCCAGAUGCUGAUCCUGAAGUUGUUAAGAACGCCAUUGCGGGAACAAGCAGCUCGUUUUUCAAGUCCUUAUCUGAUUAUGAUCAGGCCCGGGCAUUGGGUGUCAUCGUUUCAGCCAUCGAUCAAGUAUACAUCCUGUUGAUCGUAGCAGGAGCCAUGGGUGUUGUGCUCUCUGCUUUCCUAAAUCGCGAGAAGCUCUUCCUGGAGGUAGCUGCUGGUGGAGCAUAG